GGGGUAGCGUGAUGAUGACAUGCCGCUAAAGCACCUUGAUGGCCAUCGCCAAUGGUGUCGUUGAACCUUGAUGAUCAAGCUCACGGGCUCACGCGCAAGGCAAGUACGGGCAAAGGAGGGGAACAAUUUUUUUUCUUUGUCUUCUUCUCUUUCCUUAUCCUUCUCUGCUUGCUUACCAUUUUGCAAAAGUUUUCAGCCUCUUUUCUUAUUGCUAGCCUGUCGCAUAUUGAAUACCAUCAUUACCUUUUACAUACCCACAAGCGACACCAUGGCGGACGGACCACAGAUGCAGGAUCUCGAAGAGAUGACCAACAUGGACAAAAUCUCCAAGGGCUGGUCGAUUGCCAUGUUCUACUCCAAAGAACGUCUUAAGCGCGUGCACGAGCUCGAGGAUGCGCAGCUAGACAAGGCCAUCCAGGAGGGCAAGCUGGUGCUCGAGACGCUGUGCCUGUUUGUCCAUGCCUGUAUCAAGCGCGGGCAGUACAGACUGCCUUCAGAGUUCUGGCGCGUACUGCACUCGGAAUACGGCAUCAUCGUCUACCCUUCAGCCUUGAUGGAGGAGAUUGACGUACAAGGCCUCGGCGUCGAUGUGACCUUUACAGAAGCAUACGCCAACCACAUCGUCAUGUUUGGACGAUGCCCAAGCUCGUGCCACCCGCCGCCAUGCCCGUUCCAGUACAUGAACGAGCCGCCACCUGUGUACGAGAAAUAGACGAUACGAUACAAGCGCGAUCCAUUGGAAACAGACGUGGGGAAUAAUUAGAAGCAUGGUUUUAUUUUUGAAUAUUUGGCGUUGAAACCUGGAUAGGUGAAUUUUUCCAUGGCGGCGGGGGCGGGGAUACAUACAUAGAGGGGAUGAUGUGCAUAGCGUACUUUUUUGUUUGAUAUAUAUACAAAACGUUUUCUUUCGCAGCUAAACACAAAAUAUUUAGCCUGCAGUAUGCUCAUGUUUUGAUCGUAAAGCGUGGUAUUGUUCAAAAACUCCGGAUUAUUGUAUCCGUUCUCCUUUUUGGCCGUCUCGGUUUGCGCGCCAGAUGCCCUCUUCACCGUCAAACUCUUCGCGCUUCCAUACUUCGACUUUGUCCUUACACAGUUCAAGUGCUUCUUCGCCUGCUCUCCAUGCCGCUUGCCGAUGUGGACUCGAGACUGCAAUUAAUAUGCUUUCUUCGCCAAUGGGCACGGUACCGAGACGGUGUACCAUGGCGAUGCCGUUGAGGCCGUGCUUGGUCUUCAUGUCGCGCGCAAUAGUGAGCAUGGUGCGCAGCGCAAGCUGGCUGUAGGCUGUGUAGGUGAGUUCUUUGACUGGUUUGCCAUCGAAAUUAUCUCUUGUUGUCCCUGUUACAUGUAUGGUGUUAGCAAAGAAGUACGCUGGCUGGCUGUCGGGUAUCAAGGUGAUGAAUUCGGCGGACGACGACACGCACCAGCAAAGAGAACAAUGGCGCCGGCGGCUGGCGACCGGACUUUGUCUGUUAUCUCAUUCAAGUUGAGAACUUGAUGUGUGAUGGCAACAUAGCAGCCGUCCUCUUCCGCGACCACGGGAUCCUUGUAGUUUUCC